AUGGCUGCAUCAACAAAUAACAAAAAGACCGUCUCUCUAGAGGGCAGUCACAACGGCGCCAACACGAAGCUAGAGCAAGGAUCUGAAAAAUGCACGUCGUUGGCUUCAAGCGUCAAUGAGAAGUUGAACGUGGAUGUAAGCAUCACCAAAGAAGACACAGACCACCCCGCUGAGCACGGCCCACCUGAAGGAGGGUGGGGGUGGGUGGUUUGUAUUGCAUCAUUCUGGACCAACGGAACUAUAUUUGGUAUCUUGAACUCGUUCGGUGUGAUCUACGUGAAGCUUCUAGAAGAGUUAAAAGAAAAGGAAGAGCAGAGUGCUACCGCGUUCAAAACGUCGUUGGUUGGUUCGGUGUGCGUCGGCUUGACGUUUCUGAUGUCACCACUGAGUGGGAUCCUCAUUGAUCUUGUCGGCAUCAGAAAGACUGCGUUUUGUGGUGGACUUCUCGCCUUCACUGGCAUGCUCCUCAGCUCCUUUUUCAUCAAGCUUCGUGUGCUCUACGUGACCUACGGACUGAUGAUGGGUAUAGGCUGCUCGCUAGCAUACACCCCGUCGUUAGUUAUUCUUGGACAUUAUUUUAAGAGGCGACUUGGACUAGUCAAUGGACUCGUGACCGCCGGCAGUGCCGUGUUUACGAUUGUCUAUCCGCUUCUUUUGAAGCCGGCGCUUGAGAAAGCCGGACUUUCCCUUUCUUUUAAAAUACUCAGCGGAUUUUUAGGCGUCAUGUGCCUGAGCUCGUUAGUGUUUAGGCCAAGGCUACACCACCCUCAGCACACCGUGCAGGAAUACGUUGCGUCGAUUACAUCAAUAGUCGAUUUGCGGAAACGCAGAGGGAUCAAAUCGUGCAUCGGUGGUGUUCUCAACUACCGUAUAUGGAAGAAUUGGAACUACGUGUUUUGGGUAAUUGGGGUGCACGUGGCUUUCUACGGUUAUUUCGUACCGUUUGCACACCUGCCCAACCAUGUGAAUGACGUCUUGCCGGGCUACAAUGGCGGCGUUCUUAUUAUGUGCCUGGGAGGCGGACAUCGGUGGUUUGGCCGUAUCGUUUUCGGAAAGAUCGCCGACAUGCCACGAAUCAAUAGAGUCCGUCUGCAGCAAUUGUCUAUCCUCGUCAUCGGGAUUAUGUCUAUACUCAUGUCGCCGACGCUGGGGACAAAAAGCUUCUGGGUGCUCGUCGUCAUCGUUCUAAUCAUGGGCAUCUUUGAUGGUUGUUGCGUGUGCAUGUUCGGACCGAUCGCGUUUUCUGAAUCUGGUGCGCGGGACAAAAGACAGUAUUCGGGACUGAUCGACUCCAUUCCAAUGACAGCUGGUCCGCCUAUAGCUGGUCUUGUUUACGAUGCGUUGGGAAAUUACAGGGUGGCAUUUUUCAUUUCUGGCGUCCCAGCUGUUCUCGGUGCCCUGUUGUUCUGGCUGGUCAGACCAGUAGAGCAGCAUUUCCCGGCUGUGACAGAAGCUGAGGAGUUGCAUGCAGGAGAAAUAGAAGCACUAAAAGAAGAUGACGUGCAACUACCAGCUUACGAGAAGGAGUGGCUUGUCCAACUGGAGUCGCGAAGCACCACUCCGCUGCCAUUACGCCGACCACAGUUAUCGGAACACAUCAGCGCACUGACAAAUAGCUUUAGCUCUCUCACCGGCUCCUUCCGUAAUAUCAAUCGCCAGCCAGCCUGGCCCGUCCAACGUUUUGGGGCCGUAUCCACCGAGGAAUCGCUCGAUGAUUCUCACUAAGUGGCUCGAAAAGCCAAUCUGCUGAUUCGCAGCACUA